AUGGCGCGGCCCGGGAGAGCCCGGGAGCCGCUGCUCGUGGCGCUGCUGCCGCUGGCGUGGUUGGCGCAGGCGGGCCUGGCGCGCGCCGCGGGCUCUGUGCGGCUGGCGGGCGGCCUGACGCUGGGCGGCCUGUUCCCGGUGCACGCGCGGGGCGCGGCGGGCCGGGCGUGCGGGCCGCUGAAGAAGGAGCAGGGCGUGCACCGGCUGGAGGCCAUGCUGUACGCGCUGGACCGCGUGAACGCCGACCCCGAGCUGCUGCCCGGCGUGCGCCUGGGCGCGCGGCUGCUGGACACCUGCUCGCGGGACACCUACGCGCUGGAGCAGGCGCUGAGCUUCGUGCAGGCGCUGAUCCGCGGCCGCGGCGACGGCGACGAGGUGGGCUUGCGCUGCCCGGGAGGCCUCCCUCCGCUGCGCACCGCGCCCCCCGAGCGCGUCGUGGCCGUCGUGGGCGCCUCGGCCAGCUCCGUCUCCAUCAUGGUCGCCAACGUGCUGCGCCUGUUUGCGAUACCGCAGAUCAGCUACGCCUCCACAGCCCCGGAGCUCAGCGACUCCACGCGCUAUGACUUCUUCUCCCGGGUGGUGCCGCCCGACUCCUACCAGGCCCAGGCCAUGGUGGACAUCGUGAGGGCACUGGGAUGGAACUAUGUGUCCACGCUGGCCUCUGAGGGCAACUAUGGCGAGAGCGGGGUUGAGGCCUUCGUUCAGAUCUCCCGAGAGGCUGGGGGGGUCUGUAUUGCCCAGUCUAUCAAGAUUCCCAGGGAACCGAAGCCGGGAGAGUUCAACAAGGUGAUCAGGAGACUCAUGGAGACACCCAAUGCCCGGGGCAUCAUCAUCUUUGCCAAUGAGGAUGACAUCAGGCGGGUCCUGGAGGCCGCUCGCCAGGCCAACCUGACCGGCCACUUCCUGUGGGUCGGUUCCGACAGCUGGGGGGCCAAGACCUCGCCCAUUUUGAGCCUGGAGGACGUGGCCGUCGGGGCCAUCACCAUCCUGCCCAAAAGGGCCUCCAUCGACGGAUUUGACCAGUACUUCAUGACUCGAUCCCUGGAGAACAACCGCAGGAACAUCUGGUUUGCCGAGUUCUGGGAGGAGAAUUUUAACUGCAAACUGACCCGCUCAGGUACCCAGUCAGAUGAUUCCACCCGCAAAUGCACAGGCGAGGAACGCAUCGGCCGGGACUCCACCUACGAGCAGGAGGGCAAGGUGCAGUUCGUGAUUGAUGCAGUGUACGCCAUUGCCCAUGCCCUCCACAGCAUGCACCAGGCGCUCUGCCCUGGGCACACAGGCCUGUGCCCGGCGAUGGAACCCACCGAUGGGCGGACGCUCCUGCAGUAUAUUCGAGCUGUCCGCUUCAAUGGCAGCGCAGGAACCCCCGUGAUGUUCAACGAAAACGGAGAUGCGCCGGGGCGGUACGACAUCUUCCAGUACCAGGCCACCAACGGCAGUGCCAGCAGUGGCGGGUACCAGGCGGUGGGCCAGUGGGCAGAGACCCUCAGACUGGAUGUGGAGGCCCUGCAGUGGUCUGGCGACCCCCACGAGGUGCCCUCGUCUCUGUGCAGCCUCCCCUGUGGGCCAGGGGAGCGGAAGAAGAUGGUGAAGGGCGUCCCCUGCUGUUGGCACUGCGAGGCCUGUGACGGGUACCGCUUCCAGGUGGACGAGUUCACGUGCGAGGCCUGUCCUGGGGACAUGAGGCCCACGCCCAACCACACCGGCUGCCGCCCCACGCCUGUGGUGCGCCUGAGCUGGUCCUCCCCCUGGGCAGCCCUGCCGCUCCUCCUGGCCGUGCUGGGCAUCAUGGCCACUACCACAGUGGUGGCCACCUUCAUGCGACACAACAACACGCCCAUUGUCCGGGCCUCGGGCCGAGAGCUCAGCUACGUCCUCCUCACCGGCAUCUUCCUCAUCUACGCCAUCACCUUCCUCAUGGUGGCUGAGCCUGGGGCCGUGGUCUGUGCCACCCGCAGGCUCUUCCUGGGCCUAGGCACGACCCUCAGCUACUCUGCCCUGCUCACCAAGACCAACCGUAUCUACCGCAUCUUUGAGCAGGGCAAGCGCUCGGUCACACCCCCUCCCUUCAUCAGCCCCACCUCACAGCUGGCCAUCACCUUCAGCCUCACCUCCCUGCAGGUGGUGGGGGUGAUAGCAUGGCUGGGGGCCCGGCCGCCACACAGCGUGAUUGACUAUGAGGAGCAGCGCACGGUGGACCCGGAGCAGGCCAGAGGGGUGCUCAAGUGUGACAUGUCGGAUCUGUCUCUCAUCGGCUGCCUGGGCUACAGCCUCCUGCUCAUGGUCACGUGCACAGUGUACGCCAUCAAGGCCCGCGGCGUGCCCGAGACCUUCAACGAGGCCAAGCCCAUCGGCUUCACCAUGUACACCACCUGCAUCAUCUGGCUGGCAUUCGUGCCUAUCUUCUUUGGCACUGCCCAGUCAGCUGAAAAGAUCUACAUUCAGACAACCACACUAACCGUGUCCUUGAGCCUGAGUGCGUCGGUGUCCCUCGGCAUGCUCUACGUACCCAAAACCUACGUCAUCCUGUUCCACCCGGAACAGAAUGUGCAGAAGCGAAAGCGGAGCCUCAAGGCCACCUCCACGGUGGCAGCCCCACCCAAGGGCGAGGAUGCAGAGGACCACAAGUAGCAGGGCAGGCGGGAACGGGACUGCUCGCUGCCUCUCCUUUCUUCCUCUUGCCUGACGGUGGAAGCUAUACCGAGCCCAGGUCCACGGUGAACAGUCAGAGGCAGGGAGUGUGCGAAGACCACGCGCUGCAUCGGCGGGGCUGGCCUUGAGAAGGAACUGGACCCAGCUCUGCCCUGAUUCCAGCAUGUGAGCUUCAUGCUUCCUCACCACAGACCAGACUCGCUAGCCAUGGUGGGAAACAGCCACCGAGAAGGUUCUAGCUCUAGAGAGGAACUAAACUUCUUCUCUCAUCCGAAGUCCAAAGAUGAUGAUGAAGCCCCGGGCUUUGCCUGGAUUGAGGAUUUCCUCCCCUCGGUCAAACCCCAUAACCUGGGGACUGGGCAGUGUGGAAGAACGUGUAGACCCCAGAAUGAAACGUGGGGUUGGAGUGGAGGAGGAGCUGUCUCAGCAAGAGGAGACCUGGGGCUGUGCAUCUGGACGGAGGCACGCAGGCCUGGGUAGGAUUCCUCUGGCAUGGAGGGAGAGACCCUGGGUGAGACCCCUGUGCGCAUGGGAAGGGCCUGCAGGGGCGAGGGCGUGAGCUGAGGAAUUGGGGUACACCCCCAUGAGAUUUCCAAUGCCAUGGACUUUCCUGCCAUCCCCCCGGGACUGGGCAAGGUCAGACUUAGAGUAUAGCUGUUUUCCUCCCCUGUGUGUACUCCCUUAAAUCACCCCCAAACCUUGGCUGGGCGUGGUGGCGCACACCUGUAAUCCCAGCACUUGGGGAGGCCAAGGCAGGUGG